ACACACACACACACACACACAGAACAUCCACUUCCCAGUCGAAAUGUACAGGUUGGUCAGACCUGAAUAAACCAGGUCUGCUCGGAUUCAACUGCACGGAGUGGCGGCUCUGGCCCAGGCUGCAGCCAUGCCUCUUCUGGAAGAGACCACUCUGCCACAAGAGCACCCAACCACUGUCCCUGUGGUUAUCAUAGGCAAUGGCCCAUCAGGUAUUUGUCUGUCCUACCUGCUGAGUGGACACAAGCCCUACCUAGAUACAGCAACUGUCCACCCAAACCCGAUACUAUACAGGAAACUGCAGGAGACCAAGCACCUAUCCAUCACUGAACAGGAUCUGGAAUAUUUGAGUGAAGGUCUCGAGGGGAGGUCGAGGAACCCUGUGGCUGUGCUUUUUGAUACACUUUUGCACCCCAAUGCUGAUUUUGGCUACGAGUUCCCCCCUGUCCUUCAGUGGAGGAGGGACAAGCAGCAACACAUCCCACAUCUGGUUCUGGGGAGGUCCACACCUGGAGGUGCUUGGCAUGCAAUGGAAGGUUCAAUGCUGACUAUUAGUCUUGGCAUCUGGAUGGAGCUUCCUGGGGUUAACUACAGGGACUUGACUAACGGGAAACGCAGGGAUGUAACCAGUGACAGAGCCACCCCAGAGGAGAUCUCAUCCUAUUACCGUAACUAUGGGAAGCUAAAGGGCCUCCAAAAUAAUUUUGUCGACAACACCUACGUGACCUCUGUUCAGAAACUCUGCCGGGGGCAAGAGGGGGAAGGUCUGGAAAAUGGGCAAACUGAUCAAGGGGGUGGAGGCGUGGGAGAUGGUGGGAAUGAAGGCUUUGAGGGUAAUGGAGAUAAGUGUAUAAACAAGGGAGGGGGGGGGGCUCUCUGGGAAGUAAGGGGAUACCAGCAGGUGCAGAGCGACACGCAUGUCCCCUUCUCUCUGUUUGCUGAGAAUGUAGUUCUAGCCACCGGUGCGUCCGAUUCACCAGUUCGAUUAGGUGCAGAGGGGGAGGACUUACCGUUUGUAUUCCACAGUAUCUCAGAACUGGGUUUGGCCGUAAGCCGGAGAAAACUGGAUAUGAACUCCGAUCCAGUUUUAAUUGUAGGUGCUGGUUUAAGUGCUGCAGAUGCAGUUCUGUGCGCUUGUAACAGCAACAUCAGAGUACUGCAUGUCUUUCGAAAGAAUGUAGACAACCCAGACCUCAUCUUCAAACAGCUGCCCAAGACCUUGUACCCAGAGUACCACAAAGUCUACAACAUGAUGUGCUCUCAGACCUACACAAACAUAGCUCCCUCCUCUGCUUCAAACAGACCCCAGGCAGUAAGUAUUGCCUCUUCAGUAUGUGCCAAGAUGUGCCCAAAGCCCCAACUUGCCGCAGGUAACAUGGCUGGUACUGCAUGUGUCAGCCUGUUUCCUGACUACACCAGUUUCCCUGAACACUGCGUGGUGUCCUUCCAGUCUGACAUGAAGUGUUUGCUGCAAGGGAACAACUCCCUCAAGGCAUUCAAGAUCUCGAUGGUCCUAGUGCUGAUCGGGACCAACCCAAACUUGUUUUUCUUGAAGGGGCAGGGCCAGUACCUGGGUCAAGAUCCAACAAAACCCAUCUCCUGCACACAGAACCCCAUUGACAUCCACCCCUUCACUUAUGAGUGUAUAAAGGAGCCAGGUCUGUUUGCCAUGGGGCCACUGGUGGGAGACAACUUUGUUCGCUUUUUGAAGGGUGGCGCUUUAGGCAUCGCCUCGUGUCUGCUGAAGAGACUCAAGAAGAAAGGGAAGCUGAUCAGCAAUGGAGGAAAUAACUUCAUUUAGAACACCGUGAAGGGUGCAGUUUUCAAGCGCUUACCAACUGAUGUAAUAGGUGAAGAUGAAAACAAGCAUUUUAAUAUGUUUUAAUCAUUUAGGCAGUUUUCUCAUCAAAUCUAUGGCAUUUUUACAACUUUCUGAGACCAAAAAGACAAUGGAUGUACAUUAAUUAGUUUCUAAUUAAGAAACAAAUGACAGCUUUCAAGAGUCUUGUCUGACUUCAUAAGAAGUCCCCAGAAGUCCAUGCUACCAUGUGCCAAUGUUUCUUAGUCAAUCUGUAACCUCACAACUGAAUGGGACCUUAUUUUCAUCAGGGUUAUUUAUUCGUUCACCAUGUGUCUUUCAAUCCAUUUACUAACAGUUACAUGUCUUCCGUAUCACACUUUAAGUCUCAUUUUAGCUUUUAAUGCUCAAAAGUAACACUGUGCUCAUUCUCCAUGCAAAUUAUAGCUUAUAGUUAUACAACCUGGAGCGGGGAGUGUUUGUAAUAGUGGACGCACACAAGAUUAUCUCAGAACUUGUGACCAAACAAGUUCAUGGCUAAGCAAUCUUAACGUUCCUGAUUAUUCUGAGCCUACUUUCUUUUCUUCUGAAGAUUCUUUGUUUAGGUGCUAUUGAAGUUAGUUGGAGCCAUUUACCUAAACAAAGUUAGAAAAGUCUAAUAAAUCUGAACUGUUGCUUUAGUGCUACUGAAAGGCUUUCUAUGCAAACUAUUUCACUUGCAGAUCUGAAUGUAUUCUUGGGUCAUGACUAGAUUAUAGUGAAAUAUUACAAUUCUUGCCUUCACAAUCCAUUUAUCUAAAAGGCAACAAUUACAAUAAUUUGUGCACAUUUUCUUGAUAUGUUGGCCAGUCAGUGGCAGCUCAUCUGAAUCUAAACCAUUAUAGAUACUCAUCGAGAGAACGGGCUUUUAAAAAGGACAAAACAGAAAAGCACACUUUCAAAAUACCCAUUUUUACAAUCAUACAAGCUCAUUUAUUUAUUUUAAUAUUUUUAGCAAACCAAACCUUAGCAUCCUCUUUGUAUUUUUUAUAAUUAGAUACCAUUUUUUUAGCAUGCAUCUUAGAACUUUUCAAUCUACCUGUGUGCAUGUGGGCAAUAUGUCAAUCACUUAAUGUCUAUCACUGUAGUCUUAUCAUGCUUCUUUAAUAUUGUGAAACGUGCCACACAACUUUGUUUACUUGACACUACAUUGAAAUUGCCACGUCGGACUUCUCCCACAACUAUUUCUGAGCGACACCAACCCAGGUGAAUUCCCAAAUCACAUGAUCGAUAUGAGAAGGAGGACUUGUAGGGCUAAUUUGUUUCUUCCUAUUUUCUACAGUGUGUUAUUUUCAUAUUUCCAAACUCCACAUGUAUGUGUACAAUUAUUCUUCCAUUUUUUAAAACACAGCAAACAGCCACGUGUCAAAUAAGAGUUUAGAAGUUGUGAGCAGAGACUGUAGCAAUCUAUUCUUUAUUUCCACUAUAUUUUCCUUCCUCUGUCAUUGAAAUAAUGUAUGCAAGAGUGUGAUCCGAUAUGCAUAAUAUCUUUUGUGUGCUGCUCAUGCUCAUGGUUUGUUUAUUGUGAUGUGACAUCACUGUGUGGGGAUCUUUUUCUUCUGCCCCCUUCAAUACAAUAUGGUAGUCAGAUUCAGUGUUGGGGGUAAUGCAUUACUAAUAUAAGACGUUACUGUAGUCACAUUACUUUUCCCACUAACAGUUAGUAGUUUAACACUUUACUGUAUAAGUUUUGGUAAUCAUAUAAGAGUUAACUAGUGAAAAUGUUGUUACUUGUGUUAAAUAUUGAAUUUUAGCUGAAUUAUUAUUUGCUUUUUUCACUGACUUCUGAAUAUUGUUUUGAUAUGAAUAUUAAAUAUAUGCAUGCAGGCAUGAACUCUGGCCUAGCAGCUGCUGCUGUGAGCAGAAGACAGAAAAGUGCUAUAAGGACAGACGUGGGAAGAGUACAUUUAAGCAACGCAGAGAAAAGUGGAAAUAACUUUUAUCGUUUUGAAAUAUGAUCGAGGUCGGACACUACUAUCCACCGCUUUCAACUCCAAGAGCAAUAUGCUCGCUUAGUGAAGCACCAACCGGUUUAUUGUGUGUCUAUCCAUAUAUUUAACAUUUUGAUACAGAUUUGUAUGGAUUUUAGAAAGCAACGCGCAAGUACUUAGUAGAACGAUUCUUUAAUCACAAAGUAAUGAGAAAAAUAAUUCCAUAGCAAUUUAGGGAAAAGGACUGUGUAGGCCAGUCCCCUUUUUUAUUGUGGCACUCUGCUGCUUUACUGCAGUAAAGUAGAGUCAACCCUCAACUCAUACGUGGUGGCCCUUGCCUCGAGUAUGAAUAGACAGGUGGGCUUCAACUAUCCACACAGAAAGGCCCAGAAAUGAUUUGGCAUGACGACGACUCAUCUGAACAGUUUUCAAUCUGUAAAAGUGCCUGGAGGCUCAUCGGAGAUCGUUUAAGAAACGGCAACUUGAAUCCCUAAGUUUUUUAGUUCAGCUAAAAACAGGGAACACAUUUGGUCUUAACUUCAAAUCGAAGGAAAGCUGCUUUCAGCAUGUAGAGUUGUAAUGCUCUCUUGUACAAUUGAAGAGUUUUUAAUGUUUUG